CAACAGAUCGUACAAUAUUGUGGGCAGUCAGAGAGAGAGAAAGAGGAAGUGAGCAAGAGAGAACGAGAUAGGAGAAAGAGAGAGAGAGAGAGAGAGAAAUUACACGCAUAUAUUGCGUAGCAAAAGUUCUGAAUGAAAAAAUCGAGUCAUACGGGCGGACCGAGCCACAGGCGAUAAAUCUAACAAUCCAACAAAUGCCAACUUCAACUAAAGUAAACAAUAAAUAACACUGCCAUAUUGCAACACUGAAGUAACUGACAACAAACAACGCGAACAACAACCAAAACUACCUCGUUGCUGGCCAGGCACAACAAUAAAGCGCACACACUCAACUCACACCCCAUAGGAUUGCAGAAGGAUUGCCUUUGAGAGAUUUCAGUUGAUGCAUUUCUAAUGUAGUUGCAGCCGCCACUUGCUUAGGUAAAAUGGAACCACAAAUAUCCCAGAGUCACUAAAAAUCACACAAAAUAGGAAGCAGCAGAUAAGGAACUGCAAGCAAAGAGAGUGCUCUAAUUAACGAUCAGUUGUAGCAACAGCAGCAGCAGUUAGUGAGCGCGUUCCACAUUACGUAUACGCAACGUGCAGCAUGAGCAAGAGUCAAGGCGAUGUUGAGGCGCCGCCUGUGGUGGGAGCAGCAGCUGCAGCCAAUGGACAACAGAAGCAGUCGAGGCCCAGCAAUGGCCACGCCCACCAGCAGCAACAGCAGCAGACGAAUGGCAAUGGCUACCAUCAGAACGGGGGCGGCAGGCGUGACUCGACGCAGGCCUUCACGCCGCUGCUCGCACAGCACAACAGCACAAAUGGGGGCGACGGGAGCACCGCCACGCCCACAGCGCCAACGACAAUGCUGUACGAGAGCACGCCGAGCAACAACAACGAGUGGAAGGCGUCGGAGGACAUCAACAAUCUGAAGAACGGGCUGCUGAGCAACAACAAUGGCAACGGGCACAGUCUGCGCGAAAAGUAUGCGCACGAGCAGGCACCACUGACUGGCGGCUACAAGCUGCCACCUGGCGGCGGUGCCGGUGGUGGGGCACGCGGCAGUGAGUCCGAGGAAUCCGACUUCGAUUCGGAUCUGAAUGGCGGCGGCGAUGAGGGCUCCAAUUGCGGACUCUUUGGCUGUCGGCCACGCUGGGCGCGUCGCUUUGCCUCGACGCACGUGUUCAUGGUGGUGUUCCUGCUGGCCUACAUACUGCAGGGCAUGUACAUGACGUACUUCGUCUCCGUGAUCACCACCAUCGAGAAGCUCUUCCAGAUCAAGUCGAAGACAACGGGCUUUCUGCUCAGCGCCAGCGAGAUGGGCCAGAUCAGCACUGCGAUGCUGCUCACCUAUUUUGCGGGGCGUGGCCACCGACCACGCUGGAUCGCCUGCGGCAUGGUGUUGUUCUCCAUCGCGGCCUUCGCCUGUGCCCUGCCCCACUUCAUUUUCGGCGAGCAGCUGAUGCAGUCGAGCGUGUUCCUGCAGCCACAGACGCCGGCCGUUAGCGCCGUCUCGUCCCCCCUGUGGAGCAAUGCCACAGAUCCGAAUCUCUGCACGCUGGGCGGGAACGGCACACUGGCUGGCAGCGAAUGCAAUGAGCAGCGCCAGCUGGAGCAAGCCUCGCACUCCAAGAUCACGGUCAUCGUGCUCUGCAUCUUCUUUGGCAGCCUGCUCAGCUCGGGCAUCGGGCAGACGGCUGUGGCCACCCUGGGCAUACCCUAUAUCGAUGACAACGUGGGCAGCAAGCAGUCGCCCAUGUAUAUGGCCGUUACGAUCGGCAUGCGUAUCCUGGGCCCCGCCUCCGGCUUCAUUGUGGGCAGCUUCUGCACGCGCUGGUAUGUGAACUUUGCCAAUCCGGGCUUCGAUGCCAGCGAUCCGCGCUGGAUCGGCGCCUGGUGGCUGGGACCCGUUGCCAUCGGCAGCCUCAUGCUGCUCGCCUCCAUUGCCAUGUUCUCGUUUCCCAAGCAGCUGACCGGCAAGCAGCAGACGCAGGCAGCUGCCGCCAUUGCCGCCGCUGCACCCGAGCCGGAGGAGAAACCCAAGCUGAAGGACUUCCCCAAGACUGUGCGCCGCCAGCUGAGCAACGAUAUACUCAUGUUUCGCACAGCCUCGUGCGUCUUUCACCUGCUGCCCAUUGCGGGACUCUACACAUUUCUGCCCAAGUAUCUGGAGACGCAAUUCCGGCUGGCCACCUACGAUGCGAACAUGAUCGCCGCCUUCUGCGGCAUCCUCGUCAUGGGCAUUGGCAUUGUCAUCUCAGGUCUAUUCAUAUUGAAGCGCAAGCCAACGGCUCGCGGCGUUGCCGCCUGGAUCGCCUUCACAGCGCUCGUCUACUCCGCCGGAAUGAUUAUACUCAUGUUCAUCGGCUGCAGCACCAACGAUUUUGCUGGCUACAAGCCGGGCGAUGCCAACAGCCCCGCCAUGAUUGAGCCCGCCUGCAGCGCCGUGCUCAACUGUACCUGUGAUAAGGAGAACUUCGCGCCCAUUUGCGGCACCGAUGGCAAAAUGUACAUCUCGGCCUGCCAUGCCGGCUGCAGCAGCUCCCAGCUGCGUUUCAGCGACAAUCGCACACUCUACACCGAUUGUGCUUGCAUUCCAAAUGUUGCUGAGGCAGUCACUGGUUACUGUGAUAAUAACUGCAAGAACUUCAUCUACUUUAUAGCGAUUUUUGCCAUUUGCGUAUUUAUGCAUUCCACCUCUGAGGUGGGCAGCAUGCUGCUCGUCAUGCGCUGUACACAUCCUAAAGAUAAAGCCAUGGCCAUGGGCGUCAUCCAGUCAGCCAUCGGCCUGUUUGGUAAUGUUCCUUGCCCGAUUAUCUAUGGCGCUGUGGUGGACUCGGCCUGUCUCAUCUGGAAAUCGGUUUGUGGCAAACAUGGCGCCUGUUCGCUCUACGAUGCGGACACCUUCCGGCAAUACUUUUUGGGCAUUACGGCUGGCAUUAUGUUUUUGGCGUUCCUCAUGGAUUUGGUCGUUUGGCGGAAGGCGCAUCGCAUUGAUAUUGCGCCGGACCAGCAGGACGGCACAACGAAUGCGACAGCUACACGUUUGGAUGUUUCCGAGUCUAAGCAACCCAUUGCACCGCCACCGGAUACGACGGUCUGAGUCGUGCAAAUACGAAAAAGGGAAACAACAAAACAGAACCCACAUCCACACACACACACACACACACACACACACAUUGCAAGAUUUCCAAUAAAUGUUUACCUUAAUUGUUAAUUAGUUAUCAUUUUGUCUAGUUUUUUAGCCUAGUGCAAGAGUUAUGUAUUUAGUUAAGCGGUCAUGUCUGGACCUCAAUUAAAAUUAUAAAUACGCUCAUACAUAAAAUACGUACGUACAUGCUUAUAACAUACAAUUAUAUAUAUAAACCAAUUAUUCAUGUAAAUCUCAACGUUAUAGAAAUGUAGAAAUUGUCAAACUACAUCUGUUUAGAGUUACAUCUAAUAUAAUUAUAUCAGCGACCAUAAUUUACAAGUAAAACAUUUAUUAUAUACAUAUACACACAAUACGAAAAUCUAUAUAAAUAUAUGUAUGUUUUUAUGUAUGUAUCAAAUUAUAUUAUAUAUACAUUUAAUAUAUAGUUGCAACCUAUCUGUGGUAGUUAAAUUUUAGUUAAAAUUCAAAAUAAAUGUAUAAGUUUGUCAUAUAAAAGAAGUACGAAAAGAAAUUAAUGGAAAUAUAAAUUAUGUCUAAAGUGUAA